AGAAGAUCGUGUUCAAAUUCGUCAUCUUGGUUAGUAGUGCUGAGAAUUCGGAACAUGUGUUCUAGUUUUCACAUGUUUUAUCCUGUACAAGAAAUGAUUCAACGGCAGACCAAGGAAAAUUUAAAUAUUGUUAUGGAAGAGGUAAUGUUGGUCUACGGGUUAUCUUCCAACCAGUUGUUAACAAUUGCUCAUGAUAAUGGCCCAAACAUGUGUGCGGCCGUAAAACUGCUAAAACUAACGAUAGAGAAUAACUCAAAAUAUACAAGCGAACCUUUGAGCACAAUGCUACCGCAAGAAUCGAACAUUUUGAAGUCAGCUAUCGAUGGCUCGUUCACAGCUGAAAAGGAGAGUGACGAUGAACGGACGCUGAGUGAUGAAGACGAAGGCGAUUGGAAUGAUGAAAAUUUGCAAGAUAUUGGCGACGAUUUUGAUAAUGAACAAGAAGGUACUAUCAAUUACAAUUUUGAUCAAAGUGCUGACGAAGAAAACAGCGUUGAUUUGGGUGUUCUGAACAGCGUAAGAUGCGGAGCGCAUACGGCGCAGUUGGCUGUUUGGGAUGUAGUCAGAUUAUAUAAAAGUCGACUAGCAAAAAUCAAUAAGGUUUGCAUCAACAUGCGGCAUAAGGAGUAUAGACCACUUUUUGAUAUAUAAUUCAAUAUAUACAUCUAUGAAAAUAAAUAUUAUUCAAUAAUCAAAAAGACACAUACACUUUUUAGUUAAAGUUAUAUACUCAGCGAACAGCACUUGACCUCACGAAAAAAUUGUCUAAGAAACCAACAUUCAAACUUAGCACGAUGUUGACACACAAUUUCAAAAAAUUAUGUGCGCAUUUAGGUCACCUGGUGGAUGUAUUCCAUGCUAAUCUCUCCAUCGCUGAGCAGCUUUUUAUUUCCCCUUAACUUCGUCAAAAUCACCAUCUCCUGAAAUUAUCAGACAUCCGAGACUGAUUAUAACCAAGCAUGUAUUGAAUAUUUAUAACUACCGGAUUUCAUUUUGUCGAUUCCUCGGCAGAAUAAAUCCGUACUGUAGGAGAUGGUAUAUUAAGUUGUAGCGUACAUCUGACGUCUUUUUCAUUAAUUCAUUAAUACCUAAUAAUACCCGGGGCAUUCAAAGUUUCGUAUAGUUCUCACAUAAUACCGAUUGCCUAAGCGUCAAAGGAAACAAAAGUAUAACGUAAUACUUCACAAAACCUUAGAAUAAGUUAGAGAGGCAGCUUUAUAUUGAGAAAAACGGGGUGGUCGAUGUGGGAAUACACUUCCCCGCGCUAAUAUUCAAGAUGCCACAUAUCGAUAGCCAGGUACAAGGUUAUUGUAGAUCCGGAGCUGCACUGUUCCUAUUAUAUAAACCAGAAAACUAUGAACACAUAAUUUGAAUCGAGAUGUUUAGAUCCCUGUAAAGCUUGUUCCAAUAAAUACAUACAUCCAUCACAAGAAAAACAUUUAAGAAGUUCUCAUAUUUGGGAUUUUGUACGGGAAAUAAGUAAACAUACUCCCUGAUUAUAUCUACACAACGUCUAUGUUAGCUUUGAGUACAAGCUGUUUAAAAGUCAUAAGUUGAUCUUGAUAAUUGGCGAAUUACCUAUAAGUUUUUUGAUUCAUCGACGUUAAAUUCUCACUCGUGAAUCUAAUCAAUUUGUUAUUGGCAUGCUACCAUUCAAAACCGAAUGAAUAUUGCAUAGAGCUUUGAUAGCCUAAGGCAUGAAAAUGGAAAAAUGAAACAAACUGUGAUGUCGUUGCUUACCACUCGCCUACUACAAAAUAAAACCGCCAAAGGCUGCAAGCCAAAUUGUAGCUGUUCUGGUUCGUAAC